AUGCGGUUAAGAAGUAGGAAGAGGGAGCGGCCGCUCUCAGGUAAACGGAGUACAAAGGUAACAAGCCUCAAGAAGCCAGUCAAGCCUGUCACCAAGCCACCAAACGCUUGGAAGGCCAUCCUCAAGCGUGAGGUGAAAAAUGUGGUGUCUGAGACACCGCAACUCUGCAUCACUCGGUCUCAGAAACUAAAAACUCGUCCCGUCAGAAUCAAGUUGAACAUGGAGAAACCAUCCGAGACUAUGCACAAGAAGGCCAAGCACAAAGAUGAUAACCGCACAAAGAAACCAAUCUUUCAGACUGUUGUACGGAGUUCUACAAAAGAUCCUGUGUCCUCGUCUACUGCAGUGAAAGGGAAGCCACAGAAUGAUAAGAUCACUACUACUUCAAAGACCAAAGAGGUCCGUACAACAAAGAGUGUACAGUUAAGACAUAGUUCAUUGAACCGAGAGCUUAAAAAGACUGAAACUAUAUCUUCAGCAAUGAGUUCUCCUCGCAAGACGAGGCGUAUGGAUAAAACUGACAAAUCAGCUUCGUUAAAUAGCUCUCCAAUUAGGAAGGUUCGUCAAAUUGGUCUGAUUACGCCUAAAGUAACAAAAUCCUCAGUGAGUUCUACGAAUGAGAGUCCAAAGAAGAAGACUAAGAAGGUGCCUGUAGUGCCAGAGUCCAAUUGUUACUCUGAAGAUAAUGAUGUGACCAUGUAUGAGGCUCAUACAACUACUUUUGUGGACUUUCCAACGCAGAAGUCAGAGGAAUCUGAUUCGGAUGGGCACGUAGAGUCAUCGGAGUUGUGUCUUCCAAAUGAUUGCUUGAAUGAUUUCAUGGCUAUUACGGACUGUGCUAGCUUGAUAAAUGAUGAGUUGCCAGCUACAGAGGAGGAUAUUAACUUCCUUGCGGACAAGGCAGCCAGAGUGAUGACUACGGAGAAGGCUGAGGAGAGGACAUCAAGGACUAACUCAGUGGACAAGCGAGUGAUGAAACGCAGGAAGUCCAGCAAUGACUUGGAGAUGUACCAGCCUACGUCCACUACUGACGAUUUGGAUAAUUGUUCCGACUUCUUGACUAAUGGAGAGAAAUAUGUGCAGCCGGACUUCGUAACGAUGCUAGAGCAGGACGGCUACGUCAGAGACUCUGAGUGCGAGAUAUCUUCAACCUGUGACACACAGGGCACCGCUAUAGAGAGCCUGGAGGCCCUGUCUGCGAGGAGCCCUAGUUCAGGGUUCCUGGCGGAGAUCAGCCAGAGCUUGGCGGCUGAGGCUGCUGGAUGGAACGGGACGGACAUCUCGGCGGACGAUCCCGCGCUUGCCUGCCACGACGAGCAGUCACCGACAGACAUAGAGGAGGAAGCUGGCGACGUGAUAUCGUCGUGCAGCAACCGCGUGGAUUGCGAGCAGAUGUCCACCUGGGACGCCUUCGACCCGUACCUCUUUAUAAAACAGCUACCGCCAUUGGAGACAGUGGCCACCGGAGCUUUACGAGCGCGGUACCCCGCCCUGCCACUCAAAACUAGGACCAGCCCCGAUUUCAGUCUUGUCCUGGACCUGGACGAGACGUUGGUGCACUGCUCGCUGCAGGAGUUGCCCGACGCCAGCUUCAACUUCCCCGUACUAUUCCAGGACUGCCGAUAUACUGUUUUCGUCCGCACUCGUCCCCACUUCGCGGAGUUCCUGUCGCGCGUGUCGCGACUGUACGAGGUGAUAUUGUUCACUGCCAGCAAGCGAGUCUAUGCCGACAGACUGCUUAACCUGCUCGACCCGUCGCGGCGGUGGAUUAAAUACAGACUAUUCCGCGAGCACUGCCUGCUGGUGAACGGGAACUACGUGAAGGAUCUCUCCAUCCUCGGCCGAGACCUGCGCAAGACUGUCAUCGUCGACAACAGCCCACAGGCAUUCGGCUACCAGCUAGAGAACGGUAUCCCGAUCGACAGUUGGUUCGUGGACCGCAGCGACAACGAACUGCUCAAACUACUGCCCUUCCUCGAACAUCUCGCCACUAAAGACGACGUACGUCCGUACAUAAGAGACAAAUACAAACUGUUCAGCUACCUGCCGCCGGACUAA